GUCGACUUAAAAGCGCUUCAUCUUCGCUGAGAGUAUGAUUGUAUACUUGAAGCCACCAACGCUCGAUUCCCUUUUUCCCGUCUCCGAAAUCUUUCCAGCGUGAGCUGAAUUGAUAAGACUUCCCUCAGCACCCCUGUUCUCGCGUGCCAAGCGGUGGGUCGGGCCCAGUAUGGUUACCCUACAGCAUCAAUAUGAAUUUGGCGGCCCUGCUGGCGCUACAGGAAUCGUCUUUGGUCUCCCCAUCUUGAUGAAUGUUCUCUUUCUCGGCUGCAACGACAUCUCAGGCUGUCCUCCUCCCUCUUUGCUAGAUCCUCGCACCCUCACUUGGGACAAGCUCAAGUCCGAGAUUCCGUGGCCUGACGAUGGCCUUUGGGGAUUUGCAAGCUGGAAGGCCACAGGCUGGUUGUCCGCCUACUACCUCCUCAGCCUGAUCCUCUAUCGAGUGCUGCCUGCCCACGAAGUAUACGGCACGAAGUUGCGCGAGUCUGGCCGGCCUCUUAAAUAUCGCUUUAAUGCUUUCUACGCCACAGCCGUCCAGUUUGCCGGUUGUGCUGUCGGAACCUACCUCUACGGGGCCGAAUUCGCCGUGUGGACGUUCAUCUCCGAAAACUACCUGCAGCUCCUGACGGCAAAUAUCAUCCUCGCCUACGCCAUCUCCAUCUACGUGUACAUCGGCAGCUUCAGCGUCAAGCAGGGCAAUCCUGAGUUGCGUGAGUUGGCCAGGGGCGGGCACACCGGAAACCUCAUCUACGACUUCUUCAUUGGCCGUGAGCUCAAUCCCCGAAUCACGAUUCCUCUGAUUGGAGAAAUUGAUAUCAAAGCCUGGUUGGAGAUGCGUCCUGGCCUUACUGGAUGGGCUCUUCUGGAUUGCGCCUUCAUCGCGAAACAGUACCGCACCUACGGUUAUGUAUCCGAUAGCAUCAUCAUUGUGGGCCUGGUUCAGUCAUACUAUGUUCUGGAAGGCCAGUACGCAGAGGCUGGCCUCUUGGGCAUGAUGGACAUCACCACAGACGGAAUGGGAUUCAUGCUGAGUUUUGGUGACAUAGUUUGGGUGCCAUUUCUCUACUCCACGCAGUGUCGUUACCUGUCCACCUACCCGGUUCACCUGGGAUGGCCUGCCGUUGCGGCUAUCGGGGCCGUCUUUUCCACUGGCGUGUACAUUUUCAGAGCCACGAAUUCUCAGAAGAACAUGUUCCGCACCAAUCCCACUCACCCGGCGGUGGCAAACAUGCCGUAUAUCCAAACCAAGAGAGGAACGAGGCUCCUCACUGGUGGCUGGUGGGGAAGGGCCCGCCAUAUCAACUACUUUGGAGAUUGGGUACAAUCCCUGCCCUUUUGUCUGCCCACAGGACUUGCCGGCUAUCUCAUUGUUCCAGCGGGAACUGCCCUGACCAGCGUAGGCAUUACGAAAAUGCUAGACGGCCGCGAAGUGGUCCAGGAAGGCGCAGCAGGAUGGGGAAUGCUCUUCACUUACUUCUAUUCGGCUUGGUUUGGAUUUUUGUUGAUUCACCGUGAGCGGAGAGACGAUGCCGCUUGCUCAGAGAAGUAUGGGGAGGACUGGGAAAAGUAUAAGAAGACAGUGAAGUGGAGGAUCAUUCCCAAGAUUUACUAAACGGUUACUGUUUUGCAGGGGCAGCUUCUUUGCAUCUUGUGCAUACAUCUUGACGUUGGCAAAGUUGAUGGUAUGUAUUAGCAAUUGACAGUCUCAGGGUAGCCGUUGAGAAGCUAGCUCGACCAAAGAAGUUUAACUAAGGUACACACUGAAUACAUGUCAAUCUUCCACAAUUGACCCCGUCCAACUGGUAGUUCGAACCGUUGUCAGUCACUUCAUUGAAUGAGCAGACUAGGAUCUUGACAAGAUUGGUUAUUUGCAAACGUCGCAUCUCCACCACUCGUCAGGGC